GUGGGAGAAACCUAAGUACAGACAGAUCCAUGAUGGUGUACGUGCUGCCUCGUCUGCUCCCAGUUGUCCUCCUGAUUACAUUGCCCCCCUCAGUGUCCUCCUCAGCAGGGACAGGUUCUUUGCUUCCGUGUCAUCCUCGGUGGUUUCUGUUUGGGCAGAGAUGUUUAUCAUUCUACCCGGUGUGGAGCUCCUGGAGAGAUGCCAUUUUUCUAUGCUCUCAGUCUGGGGGUGACCUUGUAUCCAUCCACACGCCAGAGGAUCUGCAGUUUGUUGCCCAGGUAGCAAACACAAGCACUCCUGUGUGGCUGGGCGGUUCCCAGGAGCAACAGAAUGGCUCCUGGUUCUGGACUGAUGACACACCCUUCAGGAUCAGCAGCUGGAUCAGUGGCCCGAAAACAGCAGGAGUGGUUGGGGCUUGUUUGGAAAUGACACCUAAUGGUGGAGAACUGCACAGCUCCCCAUGUGAAGAGCUCAAGUUCUACAUAUGCUCCAUGAAAGCCAGCUCUGAUGUCAUCGAGAGCACCGAGGAGCAGCCUGAACCAGGUAUUGUCCCCGGCGUGGAUUUGUUUGAUGUCCUUUGGAGCAAAAGUGAUGCACUAGCAGAGGAGAUCCUCCGCUCGUCCUCCUUCCUCAGAGAGCUGCGGUCUGGUCAUGUGACAGAGCAGUGCUACUCCAGCUUCAUGCAGCAGGAGGCGCUGUAUUUGACCCGAGUCAGAAGCACUCUGGAGGUCCUGAUUCGUAAUGUAGAGGAGACUGACGACAUAAGGCCACUGCUGCUGGACACACUUAAACUCUACAGCAGCACAAAGCUGAGACUCCUGGCUUCACCUCCCCCACAGUGGCUCCAUUAUCCUCUCCAGCUGUACCACUCUGUGGUUUUGGAGGAGCCAGUUUAUUGGUUAGUGGCUCUGUCGGCCCGGCCAUGUCUACGUUACUUCCUGGCUCAAGAACUGCUUGAAGAGCCGCUGAUGUCCAGGUCCAUGACUAACAGCUUCUACCAGGAGUGGACCAAAGACAGUCUGAAUGAGGUCACCUGGAUAAACAGGUACAAAAAGGUGAUAAAGGAGAAUCAGGAUCAUAUGGAUGUAUUUAAAGCCAUCAAUAUCUUCAGAGAGCACAUGAUGGCCCAGAAGGCUUUCUACAAGGCUCUGGUCUGUUCAUCUGAAGAAGGCAAACAAUGAAGGAGUAAAGCAAGACAAACAUAAUUUCUGGGAUGAAGGAAACAACUUUAACGCUCUUCAAUCAAGAAAGCUUGAUAAAACAAUCGCUGUGUUCUGAGGAGCUUGGAAAGAAAAGCAACUGGACUUCUGUUACAUCCCCCAGGAGGAUGUCUCUUCUCCCUACUAACUGUUUGUUUUAUCUAGGCUCCACCUCCUCUGCCCUGAUUGGAUGCUGCUCAGGGCCCAGCUAAUUGUUAAUCAGCAGAGCACUACUUAAGGCCUGUGGAGCUGUGCUUCUGUGCCCUCUGGCCAUUUUGGUUGCCAUACCUGUGCAGGCUUGCAUGCCUUUGUAACUUGUAUGAGCAUUGUUGUUUUCAUGUUCAGACUGCUUGUAGGGGAGAGCUGCCUUUUGCUUUGACACCCUGUUUUCUCCUGUUUAUGUGUUGUUAGGUAGGUUAUGGUUAUAGGUUGUAUAUUUUGUUUCCUUGGAGUUAGGUAAGUUUCUUUUAUUUCCACAUCAGGGAUGUUUUGUUUGUUAUGUUGGCCUUGGCUCUCCCUGACGUUAUACCUCAGUCUGAACCCAAAUCUCAUCACCAGCAUUAAAUAAACCUUCUACACUUACCAUCUUGGCUCCUCCUUCACUAUCCACCUUUAUGUUCGUCCCUUCAACCCCCUAGACUAGCCAGGGGACGUAACACUUCUUUGUUCCACGUUUCAUCUCUGAGGUGACGUUCAAGAAACUCAAAGAAGUCCAGUCAGUAUUCUUUACAAGCUGUUUGGAUUACUGUUGUGGAUUUAUUAUGACAUAUUUAUGACAUCAUAUAUACAAUAUAUAUACCUAUACUGGACUUUUUUAUAUAAUGGAAUAACUGUGUUAAGCAUCUAACCUACAUGUUCAAAUCACAAGACCCACAUAUUUAGGUCCAAUAUUAUCUUCAGUUAUAUUAACGAGGUUUGUGCCACUUGUUUUAUGAGCACGUGUUGAUCAGUACUGUUUGAAAUAUAGUAAUUAGGGUCAAUAAGUAACCUUUGAUCGUGUUAUGGCCAAGGGUGACAAGACCAAACAGGGUUAAUUCAACUUGGCACUGCUAAGUGUGCCCAGGACCCUCUUUCUCUGCUCAUCUUCAUUGUCCCACAUUGUGAACAGCCCUUCUAUAGCACAUAUGGUAAAAAAAAAAAAAGAAAAAAGUCUGGCGCCACUGAGGAUACACCUGGCAUUUUGUUUUCUAGCCUCAGGUGCCCAAUGUCGAGAAAAAUCUUUCCUUAUCAAAUGUAGUCGCCUACUGCUGGCAACAAAACCUGACAAAAGUGUCAGGAUGUUUAACUGUUAACUUCUGGACUUACUUUGGCCAUAAAACUGACAAAGGAACGCAAUUAUAAAUGAUGGAUGCUGGGAAUAGUGCUCAGAAAGUUGUGCAACAUAUAUGUUGGAGAUUAAAAAAGGAACAAAGUGCAAGUAGGAUUGACAACUUAUUGGGAAAAAUAUUGCCAACGCAUUACAUCGAUAACUGGGAUAAUAUUGAUUUAAGAAAAUACUUAUUAGUUUAAAAUUAAUACGGCCCAAGUAAAAAGCAAGGAAUGAAAAGCCGGCAGCUGGAGGAGGAGUUGUGGACUCCUAUGAAAGGAGGGUCAGAUAUGCCCCGACCAGUUUUUUUUCCUGUCUGUCAUUUUGUGUGUCUCUGCUGUUUGUGCUUAAAGGCUCUGUACUCCAGGG